CUGGCCGGCGGUGGGAGGAACGCGGCGGCGGCGGCGGCGCGGCCCGUGGCGAAAGUGCAGCUGCGGAAGCGCAGCUAGGCGGGGAGCUGCAGAGGAGGAAGCUGGGGGAGGCGGCGGGAGCUGCAGGGCUUGCAGGGCCGGGAGGACGCCAUGGGCCGCCUGCACUGCACGCAGGACCCGGUCCCCGAGGCUGUGGGCGGAGACAUGCAGCAGCUGAACCAGCUGGGCGCACAGUUCUCAGCCCUGACAGAAGUGCUUUUUCACUUCCUCACUGAGCCAAAAGAGGUGGAAAGGUUUCUGGCUCAGCUCUCUGAGUUUGCCACCACCAAUCAGAUUAGCCUUGGCCCCCUCAGAAGCAUUGUGAAAAGCCUCCUUCUGGUUCCAAAUGGUGCCUUGAAGAAGAGUCUCACAGCCGAGCAGGUCCAGGCUGAUUUCAUAACUUUGGGUCUUAGUGAAGAGAAAGCCACUUACUUUUCUGAAAAGUGGAAGCAGAAUGCCCCUACCCUCGCUCGAUGGGCCAUAGGUCAGACGCUGAUGAUUAAUCAGCUCAUAGAUAUGGAGUGGAAAUUUGGAGUGACAUCGGGGAGCAGUGAACUGGAAAAAGUGGGAAGUAUUUUUUUACAAUUAAAGUUGGUGGUUAAGAAAGGAAAUCAAACUGAAAAUUUGUAUAUAGAAUUAACCUUGCCUCAGUUCUACAGUUUCCUGCACGAGAUGGAGCGAGUCAGAGCCAGCAUGGAGUGUUUGAGCUGAUGCCUGUUCCCCUGCACCUCCCCGCCUUCCCCCCUUCCCUGCCUCCUGCUCUUCAUUGGGCUGCUGUUCUGAGGGGCACCUCACUCACAAGUCAGUGGGGCACCUAUUUGGUCCUGCUGGCCUCUUGGGAGCCCAGGUGCAAAGGUUUCUGAAAAACAACAGGAUUAAGUAUUUAAAGCGCCCUACACGAUUACCUGUAAACUCUUUGUUAAGGGAACCUUCACCACCUAUCUCCCAGGACACUUGUUAGAUAUUCAAACAGACUAUUGCCCCUCAGAUUCAGGGAGGAAAUAAACUGAGUCACACACCUCCCCCUCCCCCCCAUCAAAGUUCCAGAUCACCCUCCCCCACAAAAAGCUAGGGCUUGUUUUUGGCUGGGGAAGAGGUGGACCCUAUGAUUGACGCACGUGGGGAGUCCCCAGUAAGAUUUCUAUACUCUGUGGUUGUGGCGGUGGUGCAUUGCUAAUCAGUUCUUAAUGGGGCAUCUAUGUAUAAAUACAUGCUUGGUCUACUCUGAAAAGAACUAGGCUAAACUCUUGUCUUUAUUUCCGGUGUUGCCCUGUUGCGUUGUAAUGAGGCGGGCCUUUGAGGCUGUUUUAGCUUGUUUUGAUUCAAGCUGACCGCCUCUGUUGGUUAAAUGAUGAAUAAAAAACGGUUCUGUAGAAAA